UCCCCGAUCUUAUUUUUAGCACUCCUCGCUUGCGCCCACUCCGCACAGGAGAUCGAGUCCGGGUUUACCCACAAACCGGUUCAAGAUUUGCGGUGCAUACGGGCAUUUAAAGCUCAUACGGGGUCUUACGACCCAUGACUUAUGUUGAAGUUCGAUGUGUUUUGCUGUUUGCUGUGUUUAGCUGCAAAAUGUUUUCAAGUUUUGAUGCCGACCUGUUGGCGGCCAGUGCACAGGCUCAGGCCACGGGCAGUCUGACCCCCAUUUUGAAGAAAGAACUGUGGUUAAAGAUACAAACCCGCCGUCUGUUGGAGGGAAAGGAGGAGUUGGUCUUGCCUACAGCGACUCCUACUACAUACAAGAUCACUCAGGCCGAAAAAGUCAAGAAAGCUCGCCGACGGGAACAAAACCGACGAGCGGCCAAACGGUUUCGACAGAAAGAGAAACGCAGACGACAACAUCUACUGACACUCAUUGACGACUUCGAGAGCAGAAACGAAAGACUGGAGACCGAGCGCCACCGUCUGCAACAAGAGAGGUCACUCAUUCUGUCCAGGAUCGCUCACCACACCAAACUGUGCUCGUCGUGCCCGAAACGACUGACCCCUUCAGAGGUCAUGGUGGAGAAGGAUAUAUCUCAAGGAUGCAUUCCACUGUCAAAGAGAACGGAGGUGGAAGGUCGCGGAAAAGAUGUCGCAGCUCGCGCGAGCGACACUGCUGCUGAAAGUGUCGAGGUGACCUCUGCACUAGCGGGAUGCUCACGUGACCUGCAAAAGGGAUGGUGCACCGUGGCAGUAUCUCCAGAUGCCAAUGCCGGCGACGGAAACGAGAAAAACAGACCGGAAGAGAGCGAGAACAGGGUUAGACUUGCGGAUGACGUCACAGGAAGUGGGGGGAUCUGUUUGUUGAUAAGAAAUUUGGGGGCGGACAGUACCCAGCAGACAAUCGUGUUGAACAUACCCGCUACAGUUGUCACCCUCAGUGAGCAGGCAGACAGUCCUACACUGCAAGAUCCUUCUCAACAUCCUUCUCAACAACCUACUCAACAACCUACUCAACAACCUCUGUUUAAAGAAGUUCCAAGGCAGACUGACCCAGAACAUUCGGUUUGCUUUCAACCUCAACCCUGUGUUCAGCCUAACUCUGGGCAGGCAGACCCCAAGGUUCCGCAGCACGAUUCCAAGAUUCGAGGGUUUCAGCUUGGCAAGGUCAGUUGCCAGAUAGUGGAUGGCAAGGUUUGUCUCCCGGAAACUGUUGCCUUGCUUCAGUCCAAGCUUUGUGACGUCAGUGGGGGAAGCCAUCCAACCUGUGGGCCCAUCAUCACGGGGUUAGUCCCACCGCUAUCACCUGGAUUAUGGCGACACGACCCAACAACGGCGACAGCCGCACAUGACCUUUGCUGGCAAGCGAGUCCAGCAACAUCGAGCCACGUGGUCACAAGUGGGAGGAACAGGGGAAGGGUUUUCACGGGUGGUCAGGUCCCUGUAGUCAUGGACUGUAGUCCAGCGCGUUGCCCGGUACAACCUGCCUCGUACAAGAGCAAAGGAAAGAACUCUGCUGGCAGCAAGCAUCAUGGAGGCGUCUGCGCAACUUCCGCUCCUGGGUCGUCCAAACGCAGCCGUGUGUCACGUGAUGCUGAACGAGCGGAGGGGGCGCGAGUCAGAAAAAGAAAGAGUGCGGAUAGCGGAGUUCGUCGUCAGCUACGGCGAUGUUGUGUGACCGGAGGCGUGAGAGGACGGGUGGCACUGAAAGAGAGGAACGAAAGUCAACAUCGCGAAAAGUUAGCCACGAACGUGCUGCAGGCUCCGAAGACGGAAGCCGGUCAUGUGACGCCUCAGGAGCACAGAAUCUUGUCCCUAACUUCAGAAUCCCUGACGCCCAACCCCUUGGAGGAACGUUACAAAAGCAAGAUGGCGGGUGCUGAAGCUGCGCCCUCCCAUUAUCAGCCGGGUAAGGAAUCUCACACGGACGGGAGCCAAAUUCAGAUCGAGAACGAGCGAAGGAUGCAGAACAUCAAACACGACAAACGGUUUCAACAAUUUCUGGGAUCCAUUUUCAAUACUCUCGGCAGCUCCUCGAGCGGUACUAGUUCCAACCUCGAUGUCACGCCGUCGACCCAAACUAGACCAGAAGUAACGGGGUUGAGGUCCACAGAGUUGCGCCUCACUGCUGCUACAACUGGAGGAGUCGAAAAGGAUGACGACGAGGGCAAAGCCAUUUCCGGUCUGGAGCAGCGCUUAGAGAGCCUGUUGCUGCUGCACGUGCAGGCGGGGGAUGGGACACCGGCAGAUGGAGGUGCCAUAGACGAUCUGUCGACGCUGACUCUGUCUGCUCAGCCGUCCAACUUGUUUUCUGGCUUUCAGGACUUACUGUUGGAAUCUCAAGGCCUGUUCAGCCUGGGUUUGCUUGGCAGAGAUGCAAAAAGUAGAAUCCCUUCUCAAGAUUUUAUUCUUUCUCCUGUUCUUUCGCUAUGGAAAGGCAGUUCACCUGCUGCGGCACAGGGUACUUUAUCGGGUGAGCUACAACUGUGUCCUUCUGACUGGAAUCAUCACAAUCGCACGACAGAUCCCCACCCCGAGACCAGACCAUGCUCCUCUGGCAUCACGAAGGACAACUCCAGCCCGUCUCUGGACACCAACAGCCUCGUCAGCCAGCUUCUGCAGUGUCUCCCCUCGCGAGAUCUCAACGACCUUCCAUCGUGACCCUCAAGACAGUAGGUACAAUAAAGACCACCGUGAUGAUAAGGCUAGCACGGUACCUCAAAAGAAUGAAAGAACGUGGCGAGUGAAGAAGGUUCGGGGUCAUCUGAUUGUCCCUUCUUACAUGAACAAUGGUUAAUGCUGACUGCUGUACAUAUAAAUUUAUACCUAGAUACUUUAGUCUACUCGGAAAUUUUGUGAUAUUAUUAUUGCUAAUAUAGAGUAUCUGUAAGAUUUAUUCAGGCUACUAUAAUAUUUAUUAAUGCUUAUAUAGAAUAUAUGUAUUUAUUAUUGCUAACAAAUAUAUAAGAAAUUGUUUGGGACAUUGGUUUUCUCAUUUAUGCUUUGUAAGAUACAGCAAACGGACUAAAAUCAGUUGUGGUCUUGAUUCGUACCAUUUCUUUCAAAGAUAUACGAGAGCUUUAUCACAAGUUUCCUAAAAGUUAGCCAGCCAUGACUCACACACUUAUCGUGGAACUGUACACAGAAUCCUCUUACUUCUCCAAGACAAUGAGUAACUGAUGUUGAACUUUGAAGAUAUCUCGCGAAAGCUCCCACAGACACAUGUCCGUGAAAGAAAUGAGAGAGAACAGGAAUUUUGCAAACAUUCAGAAAACAACAUUGGAGUGUUGCUUGGACUCUGGACAGGUCACGUGUCCCAACGGUCCAAGUGCCAAUUAAGUGCAGAUAAAACAAGACAAGACAAAGAAUACUUGAACCUCGGUCUAAAAGUUCUUGUGUAAG